AUGACUGAAACGAAAGCUCGCCCACGGAAUUUCAAAAUUCUUCCAGCGACGCCAGAUGACUUCUUAGCCCUGGCCGAGGUAGAAGCUGUCUCCAAUAUAGAAGCAAACCAAACUCCACUAGAGUCAAAUGUCUCAUACAUAAUGUUUAGCCACCCAAGCGAUGUGCAAAUUCAAAAGCGAGCAGAGGGCCUUGAGAAAACCUCAAAAGAAGACCCAGCCAUGAAAUCCUACAAAGCAGUCGUUGAAGACGAGAACGGCCGGGAGAAGAUCGUUGCUUGGGCGCAAUGGGGAUUCUACACCGAAAUCCAACCGAUAAAAGAGUGGGAGAAUAUAGAGUGGUCCCCACCUGCCAAUGGAGAAGCUUGCAAUCAUUGUAUCGGAGCUAUGACGAACAUCAGAAAGAAAUACAUGACCGGCAAGCGGCAUGCAUAUCUGCAGGUACUUGCGACGCUUCCGGAGUACCGUUGCCAAGGGAUUGGGUCAGCCCUUCUCAAAGAUGGGAUCGCUGAAGCUAAGGAGAAAAGAUUGGAUGAUUUCUUUCUCACGGCCUCUGCUGACGGUCACGAUCUCUAUGUGAAAUUUGGAUUCAAGGAUAUCGAACUUGUUGAGAUGGAUAUCAUCCAAUUCGGAGGAGUUGGAAACGCCAAUGUCAUGGCUAUGGGACGAUUUGAUAGUAUUGAGGCGUAA